AAAGUAAACAAACCGGGUAGAAUGUAAUAGAGAUGUUAGGUCUAGUAACAGAUCAGUUAAUAUCGGCAUUACCAACAAAAAUAUGAAUUCCAUUUUUUUUUUUUAAUUAAAGGGGGAAAUUUUGCACAGGUUGUCAAAAAGACUGGAAAAAAUACGAAUUUUUUCUUGACCUUACGGGAUUCUAAAACAACACAUCAAAAUUGUAACUAAUUGUAUAACACUGAAACUAACUCAAAAUUUCAAGGGAAUAAAAAACAGGUCAUUUUUAUCUUCAGUCAUUAGAGAAUAAUGCCGAGUGAUAAAAGUGGUGUCCCUGCAAGUCAGGGCAAUGAUAAGAGCAUUUAUCGCAUACCUCCGUACAUGUAUAUGCAUGUAUUGGAUCAGACUGCAAAUGUCACUAGAGUUGAAGCAGGUCCAAAGACAUAUGUGCGGCAAGAGAACGAACGUGUGGUGUUGGAACCUCGAAAAAUGAUUAUUAUCCCUCCUUGCCAUUACUGUAUUAUCUGCAAUCCUGUGGUUCGAAAUGCAGAAAAUGCUUUGAUUUAUGAUAUUAGUGGUCAGACAAAAUUGCGACAUGCUGAUUUAGAGGUGCGCCUUGAACAAGAGCCUUUCCCUUUGUAUCCUGGUGAAGUGUUAUUCCGUGAUGUUGAACCUUUGACAGUUGUUCAUGCAAAUAGUGCUCUGUUGUUGAAAGCCAACCGUGAUUUUGAAGAAGCUGGAGUUAAGAGAGUUGCUGGAGAUGAAUGGCUGUUUGAAGGCCCUGGUACUUUUGUUCCUCGUAAAGAAGUUGAAAUUGUUAGAACUGUUUCUGCAACUGUUAUAAAACCUAACCAAGCUUUGAGAUUGAAAGCCAAAACUGAAACUAAAGAUCGAGAAGGCAAAAGCAGAGUGGCUGGGGAAGAAUGGAUUGUAAAAAAAACGGGUGCAUAUCUUCCAGGUGCUUAUGAAGAAAUUGUAGAUGUCGUUGAUGCCUAUGUUCUUACGGAAAAGGAAGCUGUUCACAUUAGAGCCAAAAGGACGUUUGUUGAUGAAUUUAAUAAAACUAGAAAAAAUGGUGAAGAGUGGCUCAUCACCUUUGAGGAUACUGAAACAUUCAUUCCUGGUGUGUAUGAAGAAGUUGUAGGAGUAGUUCAUAUAACUACACUUUCUAAUCGACAGUAUUGUGUAAUUCUUGAUCCCAUUGGUGAGGAUGGAAAACCCCAAUUGGGAAAGAAAAAAUUAGUAAAGGGAGAAAAGUCUUUUUUUAUGAAACCUGGUGAGCGAUUAGAAUCUGGUAUUCAAGAUGUUCAUGUCUUGAGUGAAAAUGAGGGUUUGGUAUUGAAAGCAAGAGAGGCAUUUUUAGAUAAUAGUGAAACACCGGCUAUCAAUCGCAAGCCUGGAGAUCGAUGGAUGAUUAAUGGUCCAGCAGAAUACAUCCCACCUACUGAAGUCGAAAUAGUCACUAAAAGAUAUUCCAUCGCUUUAGAUGAGAAUGAAGGCAUUUAUGUUAGAAAUAUAAAAACAGGACAUGUUCGUUUAGUAUCUGGAUCAACUUAUAUGCUUACACAAGAUGAAGAACUUUGGGUAAAGGAAUUGCCACCAUUUGUGGAAGAGCUGAUUAACCAAGGUAUGGAUCCUUUAAGUGAUAGAGGAAGCUGGAAAAUGAUGAGACAAGGUGCUGUUCCUAUGAAAGCAAGAAGCAAGUCUGAUGAGGAAGGAGCUCGUGCUGUAACCUUAAGAGUUCCUCAUAAUGCUGCUGUUCAAGUCUAUGAUUACAAGGCUAAAAAAUCUAGAGUUGUUUUUGGACCUGAUCUUGUUAUGCUGUCCCCUGAUGAACAGUUUACUCAACUGAGUCUGUCUGGUGACAAGCCAAAACGUCCAAAUGUGAUUAAAAGUCUCUGCUUACUGCUUGGGCCUGAUUUCUGUACAGACAUUAUAACUGUUGAAACUGCUGAUCAUGCACGACUGUCUCUUCAGUUGGCAUAUAACUGGUACUUUGAUGUGAAUGAUAAAAGUGCAGAGAAAGCAGCAAAACUUUUUAGUGUUCCAGACUUUAUUGGAGAUCUUUGUAAAGCAAUAGCGUCUAGGAUCCGUGGUGCUGUAGCUGGUACUAAUUUUGAUGAUUUCCACAAGAACUCUGCUGAAGUCAUCCGCACUGCAGUAUUUGGGCGUGAUGAGCACAUGAAAAUAAGAAAAACUUUCUGUUUUCCUCAAAAUAAUCUGUAUAUUACUAGUGUUGAUAUUCAAAGUGUUGAGCCAGUAGAUCAAAGGACAAGAGAUUCUCUACAAAAAUCAGUCCAGUUGGCAAUUGAAAUCACCACAUCAAGUCAAGAAGCUACUGCAAGGCAUGAAGCUGAAAGACGAGAACAAGAAGCCAAAGGUCGCCUUGAACGUCAGAGAAUAUCUGAUGAAGUAGAAGCUGAAAAAACUCGAAAGAAUUUGUUAGAGCUGCAAGUUGCCAGAAUGGCCAUUGAAAACUGUGGUCAAUCUAAAGCUGAAGCUCUGAGUCGUACUGAAGCUCAACGUAUUGAAGCUGAAGCUGCCAUUGAUCAAGCCAAGGCUAAAGCAGAAGCUAAACGCAUUGAAGCUGAAACAGAAUUAGACCGUCUACAGAAAGCUAGAGAGGCUGAAUUAGGCUAUGUGAAACGUCAAAAUGAAUUGGAAGUUGAGAAAACAAAGCUACUUUCUGAAAUUGAAAUUAAUAAAUUUGAAAAGGUGAUUACAAGUCUAGGAAGUGAUACCAUUCAAGCAGUUGCGUCAGCUGGUCAAGAAUUUCAGGUUAAACUUCUCCAAGGUCUUGGAAUCCAAUCAGCUCUUAUAACUGAUGGAAACACUCCUAUCAACUUGUUCGGUACUGCGCAAGGUUUCCUUGGCUCAGCACUAACUGGUGUUCCUGAAAAAAGACGCCGUAUGGGAAGUGAUGGGGAAGGUUCUUAUACCUAAAAUCUAAGUAAACAUUAUGGUAAUCCUGUGCUCUUAUUAUUUCCUUCAACAGUAGACUCAAUUUAGAAUUCAUUAACGAUUUUAUGUUUUGUGAUUUUUUCCUCUGAGCACAGAAUGGCAUUGAGAGAGAAUGGCACUGAGGCUUCUAGAAGUGUGUAGUUAUCUACUUUAGCACAUUCCUUUUUAUAUAUUAACCGAAGCUUAUACGUGAUUUUUUUUUGAAAUUUUGUAUAUUGAUUUUGGUGCUUUCAUAUUGAAUCAUUUGUAUUUGCAACUGAGUAUUUUGUGAAAAUGUUAUUAUAUUUAAUUGAGAGAUUUAAAAACGUUAAGAUUUGUCGACAAAUAAUUUAUUAUAAUGCACAUGAAUUGAGUACAAGCAUCGAUGAUUCAUAAAUCAAAAAAAUAAAAUAAUAAAUAAAUUUAUCUAGUUUUCAUAUAAGUUUUUAGAUUAUAAUUUUCAUAAAUGCAACAUGUGACUUAGCAAACAUGUAAUAAGUGUGACAAAAAAGCAUGACUUUCUGUUUGAUGCACCUCUAUAAAAUUUGCUUUAUAUAUAUGAAGUAAAGCUUUUUCCGCAGCCCAUUGUGGGGUUCAUUGAUUUUAAGGCUUCACAAUUUGAUGACCAAAGGCAUGAUUGUAGCAAUAUAGUCACCAGGUAGCAGAAACCCUCCUGCAGGGCAGCCCAUGAUGCAGAUUAUUUUCCACCAGUGUUUUUAAAAAAUUAAAGACAGAAAAAAUGAGAAUUUUUUUAAAAAAAUCUAUCUAUUCUGAGUGUAUUUUCUUAUAAAUUAGGAAUAGUUUUUAUUUUUUUUUCAUCUGCUAAGUACCUGUGAUGGUAUGGAAUGAAUUUCGUUGAAAGAAACUUUAAGUAGGCUCAAAUCUGAAUACCUUGAAUUACAAUUCUCUUUAAAAUGAAAAGAUUUUAUUUUGAUACUAAUAAUCUGCAAGUUAAACCAUUCUUUCUGAAUUCUUUAUUUAGCUCAAUGUGAUAAAAUGUUUUUUCUCCUUUUCGACAAAGUUAAGGGUGUUUGCAUAAAAUUGAAAUUAACUUGUAUAACAUGUGUAUAAUGUGUAACUUUGUUAUCUAUCUAUAUAAAAAUGAAUGUUUGUCUGUGUGUGUGUUCGUCAUGGACUCCUAAACUUUUCGACCAAAAGCAAUUAAAUUUGGCAAACAGAUCAUUUAAAGCACAAGGAAGGUUACUGUCAAGAUUAGAACAUUCUACGAUGUAUA